AUGGAGUGCAUCUACAAGUACCCGCCUCCGGCCACCAAAGUGCUGAAGACCUUGUGGUUCCGUUACGGUCUGGAUAACGCCCUGGAAAGUCUGGAGUCCUUCCGAGAGUACGUGGGCCGAGCACGGCAUCGGUGCAGCGGCCAGCGAUGCACACUGUCGAUAUCGGAUGUGACGGAGGAGGACGCCAGAAGGUUCAAGUUCAGGUUCAUCACCGACGUAGCGAUAGGAAAAUACACUGUGCCGCCUGGAGUCACUCUGACUGUGACAGCUGGAGCCUAUGUUUGGUACGAGAAUGGAGUGAAAGUUGGCUCCGAAACAGACAUCCGCUAUUCUGGAAACUUCAAGAGCAGCUUCAGCUACUCCUGUGCAGUGAAGGGAAACGAGAAACAUCCGUCUCCAGCCGUGUGUGUUGACGACACGCACUGCAACCAGGUGACCUACAGAGGGAGCAGAAGAGUAUGUGCUCCAUUUCAGUACAAGUUCACCACGUCAGAGUUGGAUUGGAGGAGUACUCUACAUGGAGUAUCUCUGACUGUGACAGACAAUCCAUCAGGUCCCUCUGUGGUUGUGAGUCCUCCUGGCGUGGUCAUCGAGGGCCGUCCAGCAAAUCUGACUUGCAGUUUUGAUUCCAACAGAGGUUUUAAUUACACCUGGGAAAAGAGGCCCUCACAGUGGGAGUUGGUGGCCAAAGACCUUGUCUUCAGUCCUGCCCGGUCUUCAGACUCAGGAUGGUACUCCUGCUCAGUCGAUAGUGAGUUUGGAAGGAGGACGUCAGCGACAGUCUUCAUUGAUGUUGAAUAUGCCCCCAGACCUCCGUCCGUGUGGGUGACCUCGGAUGAAGUGAGGGAGGGCGCUUCAGUCGAGCUAAACUGCAGCAGUGAUGCUAAUCCAGAGGCCAAUUACACCUGGUACAAGGAAGGAGACACUGUAGCAUCGGGAAAGAGCUUCACCAUCGCUGGAGUCAGACGUGAGCAGGCGGGGAGUUACCUGUGUAGAGCCCAGAACCUCAGAGGACACAGCGAGGCGGCUGUGCGGCUCUCCGUCGUGUCAGAGUCCAACACUGGGUGGUUUGAAGGUCCACUGAAAAUACCCUAUGUUUCCAUCACUGGUCUUCUCCUCCUGCUGCUAAGUCUCGCUGUCUUCCUCCUGCUCAGAUUCAAGCCCUUCAGGGAACAUCCAGAACCUGCAAGGAGGGCAGAGUACCAUGUUAAGCGAAUGUCGACUCGCCAAGGCGGUGACCCAGAAGUAGAGGAGGAUGACCACGAUUACGUUUCUAUCGGCUCCUGUGAGGAUCCCAUCGACUCACCCGGACUUCAGGGGGAGGUAGAGGAGGAGCGCGUGGUUUGUGUGACACAGAGGCUUACAGAGAAAUGA